UGACUGUGACAUUCGGGGUGGAGAGGACUCUUCAAAAAACAUUAAGAAGACGAGGAGGAUGAGGAGGAGGAUGAUUAUGAUGAUCAUAUAGAAAAUAUCACGUGUGGGGAAACUGGAUGUUGGUUUAAAUUUAUAGCCUCCAGCUGGAAGGGAGGGGAGAGUAAAACUUCAUGAGAAGCAGCAGUCUCUCAUUUUCUGGAUCAAGCAGAAGGGACGGAUCAUGGAGGGACCCCCUCAUGCUAACAAGUACAGAGUCAUCUUUAAAUAUUACAGACUCGAAAAGCGACACUUUCUUGCAGACACAUACAGUUACUCCACGAAUUGAUAAAAGCUGGGCAAAAAUCUACCUCGACGGGAGAGCAACUGCCGUAGCGUUUCCUAUUCAUCAUCAUCAUCAUCAUCAUCAUCAUCAUCCUCAGCAGCAGCAUCAUCAGCAUCAUCAUCGUCAGUGCGAGCGGCACUCACCUCACUUGCUCCACAUCCUCGGGGCCACGAGAGCGCCAGGGCGCAAAGAUGAACAUCCAAGUCCUGCCUGAGCACAAACUGUCCUCGGUGGCCCCGUUAAAACAGUUUAACGGGGAGAAAAAGGAAGUGGAGCUGAUCCUGGUGAAGGAGCAGAACGGGGUCCAGUACACGAACUCCUCUGUCGUGGCUUCUCCGAGCUACCGCGGAUGCACUCCCGGCUCCUCUGAGGAUGUGACCAGGGAGACCUGGGGCAAGAAAAUGGACUUUCUGCUCUCUGUAAUAGGCUUCGCUGUGGACCUGGCCAACGUGUGGAGGUUCCCCUACCUGUGUUACAAAAAUGGAGGAGGUGCCUUUUUGAUCCCAUACGUUCUGUUCCUGUUCAUUGCUGGGAUGCCCCUGUUUUACAUGGAACUUGCCUUGGGUCAGUAUAACAGAGAGGGAGCAGCUACGGUUUGGAAAAUCUGCCCUGUAUUCAAAGGCGUUGGCUACACUGUGAUCAUCAUAGCAUUGUAUGUGGGCUUUUACUACAACGUCAUCAUAGCUUGGUCAUUGUACUACUUAUUUGCCUCAUUGACAAGUGAGCUGCCCUGGCUAAAGUGUAAUAACCCCUGGAACAGCCCCAACUGCACAGAACCACAACACAUCAAUGGCACCUUCUUGGGGAACAAAACCUCCUACGCCAAGUGCAGGUUCACACCGGCCGCAGAGUUCUACGAGCGCGGGGUGCUGCACAUGCAUGAGAGUAAAGGCAUCAAUGACCUGGGUCUUCCUCGCUGGGAGCUCGCCAUCUGCCUUGUUGUGGUUGUCUUCAUCCUGUACUUCAGUCUUUGGAAGGGAGUCAAGUCCUCUGGAAAGGUGGUGUAUGUUACAGCUACUAUGCCCUACAUAGUGCUGUUGGUGUUGCUGAUUCGAGGCAUCACUCUCCCUGGUGCAAUAAAUGGAAUUAGGGCAUAUCUUCACAUUGACCUAAAGAAGCUCAAUAAUCCUCAAGUAUGGAUUGACGCAGCGACUCAGAUUUUCUAUUCUCUAGGAGCUGGGUUUGGAGUCCUCAUUGCCUUCGCAAGCUACAAUAAAUUUGAAAAUAACUGUUACAGGGAUGCUAUUCUGACCAGCACAAUAAACUGCGUAACCAGUUUCUUCUCAGGGUUUGCCAUCUUCUCAGUACUGGGGUAUAUGGCUGAGCUGCAUAAGGUCAACAUAAACGAUGUGGCCAUUGAUGGACCUGGACUGGUAUUUGUUAUCUAUCCAGAAGCGAUCUCAACUCUACCUGGAGCCACAUUCUUUGCGAUUGUCUUUUUCAUUAUGCUUCUGACUCUUGGAAUUGACAGCGCUAUGGGUGGCAUGGAGGCAGUGAUCACUGGGCUAUCAGAUGACUUCAAAAUCCUGAAGAGGAAUAGAAAAUUAUUUACAUUUAUUGUAGCGUUUGGAACAUUCCUAUUGGCUCUUCUGUGCAUCACAAAUGGAGGGAUCUAUGUUGUGACUCUGUUGGACAAGUAUGCUGCAGGGACUUCUAUUCUAUUUGGGGUGCUGAUUGAGGCCAUUGGAGUAGCUUGGUUCUAUGGCGUGGAUAGAUUUAGUGAGGACAUUGAACGCAUGACGGGCUUUAAACCAGGGAUCUACUGGAGGCUCUGCUGGAAAUUCGUCAGUCCAGCGUUCUUACUGUUUGUAGUAAUCGCCAGCAUUGUUACCUCUGGCAACCUGCAUUACGAUGACUAUAUUUUCCCUUCCUGGUCAAAUAUGGUGGGUUGGUCCAUAGCUUUGUCCUCCAUGCUGUUUGUACCAGUCUACGCUGUCUACAAAAUCCUUACUGUGCCAGGCACCUUCAAAGAGAGGACAGCUUACUGCAUCACUCCAGAACAUGAAUAUCACAUGGUGACGGAGGGUAAUGUCAGGCAGUUCACGCUCAGACAUUGGUUAUCCAUCUGAUGAAGGGGUCAAGUGGGAGUGUCCUCUCAAAUGCUACUUGAAUGCUGGAGAAGUUAUGGUGUGUGAGAAAGAAAAAGGUUUCUGCAAAGGUCUCUUACCAUUUGAAAAGUGUCCCCUGAGAAAAGGACAGAAUGAAGCAAUGGCUUUGUAUGUUUCCCAACCACACACUAUACUAUCUAAUCUACUCCAUUCGUGUUCAGUGGUUGACUAGACUUUUUUAUAUUGUAGGGCAAAAUAAAUGUUGCACCAGUACUUCUUUUUUAAAUUAUACCUUUAGGUUUUUGUUCGAACUCCCAAAAGACCUUAAAAUACUUUAAUUUAGAGGUAAAAGCAGGUAUUUUCCACUUUUUCCAGGUAUUUUCCAGGUUUUUCUUUUUAUAGAUUUUUGUCCUGGUUUUAGUUGUGAUGGUUACAUGUCAUUGUUUGUGAAAAUGUAAACGCUCUAUAUAUACAGAAAAACAAGCUAUAUUAUCCUGUAUGGCUGGGAAGUUGCGUGUGUGUAUGUGUAUGUGGGUGUUACGGGUUAUCUAAAACCCUAUUUCAUAAUGCUGGUUGCAGAGGUUUAGAUAACACAGUGAGAAAUGGAAACCCCCUUGAUAUUCCAGGAAAUCUUUCAUGCCAUAUAACAGGUUUGGAGCGUUUUGAGUCAUUGCUACAGUAUAUGUUCGGGCGCAGCUGUGAGUUUCUCACAUUUUACCUUGUUUCCCAAGAAUGGUUUGGUUUAGCAACAGCUGGCUUACAUCAAGGGUCCACCAAGCAUUUUUUAAGCACAUCUUUUCCCUUUUUGACACACUUCACAAAGCAGACAUACAUUGUGUCAGUGCCUUAUCUAGCCAUAAACCUACCAUCAUUAAGUAACUUAUCCUCGUGAAGAGAGUAACUAAAGCAUCUCGGUGAAAGAGUUUCAGUUAACUCCAUGCCAAGGGAGAUUUACCGUCAUAGCUUUCAAAAGCUUAAAAGCUUUUCUUUUGUUAUUGUUCAAUAUUAAGGAAAAGGGAUAUUUAGUUUUUUGAGUCAAUGGAUCAACAUUUUAGGUUUUACUUAUGGCCUUGGAAAAGAGCAACAAUUAUCGUUAUGACAAAUUUGCUUUCUUGCACAAGACUUUUUUGUCCUUCUAAGACAAUGAUCUUUGGUCCCACUUUAUAUAAGGAUAUAAGGACGUUUACUACUAUGUACUUACAUUUGAAUUAAUAAUUUGGUACAAUGCACUUAUUGUAUACAUACAUGUUUAUAUCAAAAUAUCUAUAUGUAAUUACAUCUGUAAUACAUUUUUGUACUUACAUUUAUAAUUACAUUAUUGACCCAUUCAUUACGCCUUAACCCACCCUUAAACCUAUACCCGUAUCACCAAACCUGUCCCUGUCCUUACCCGCAUCCCACCUCAGUAGCAGCAAAAGUGUUUUGCAAUCCAGUGUGAACACAAUAAGUACAUUGAACUUAUUUUGUGGUGUGAGAACAUGGUAUUCAUGGCCACCUGACCUAAAGUGUGACCAGAUUUUCUUACAAAUUCAAAAGCAUCAGAUCAAAGGCAUAGAACAUUAUAAUUUAAACUCAAGAAAGUCCAGCUAACCUUGUAAAACAGCAAUGUUCAAAUACAUUAGGUAGGAGUUCAGCUUAUUUAGUUUGAAUACUUUUUGACAUGACAUGAAACUAUUUACACUGUACACUGACAAUACAAUCAACUCUUGUGGUACAAUCCCAUUUUCAUGUGGUCCAUUUGAGCAUUUCACGCCUUGUAUGGAGUGUGUGUGUUUGUGUGUGUGUGAGUACAUAUAACAGAUUAGGUCUCUUAGGUUUUCAAACUAGUCAAGAUCAAUCUAUGUGGUUAUCUCAAGAUGACGCAUAUAUUUUGUGGUUCGCUGUGGCUUUUUCGCUUGAAGGAAAUGUUAAAAUCAGCUCCCGUUAUGUUGGUUCGUGUUUUAUUUAUUUGUGUAGAAACAUUUGAAAUAAAAAAAAAUGGCAGAAAACAUCAUCACUGGCAACAUGUGUGGAUUGCGACAUAUAAAGAGAUACAAAUAUAUUCUUUUGUUAUAUAUCUAAUAUUGUAUGUAUCAGAUUCUUUAUAAAACGUGAAUGUAAAACAUUUUAAGCAAAGUGUCUACUGUUAUAUCAUUCUUUGUGAUGUCGGUAAAGAUAUAUUCAGAAAUGUAUUAUUCCGUGUAACCGGGGGUGACGUAACCAAAUGAAUGUAAACGGAGCAGCUCUGGCAUUUCUGAGUGAUGCUUAAAGAAUAAUGUGUACAACUACAAAAUUGUCCUUUUGAUUGUAAGUGACAAAUAUAUAUGAAAAAAGUUUAAAUAUGCACACUAUAACAAUAAAGUCCUUUCCAGUACACACAGAUAGAAA